AUGGCGACUCUAAACCCAGGAAUCCUCUUAAAACUCCUUCAAUCCAUGAACACAAACACAAAACCUACUGGAGAACACCGCUCUGCUUUACUCCAAGUCAUUGGAAUCCUCCCAACUUUAUCACCAUCUUUAAAUAAUUCUACCAAUAACUCAAAUUCAAGCAUAAACAAUUCUUCUGCUACUUCCAAUCUUGAUUUAUGGCCCAACCAUGGUUUUCUUCUUCAAGUUUCUGAUUCCAAAAACUCAACCUACAUUACCCUUUCUGAUCGUGAUACUGAUCUUGUAUUCUCUAACCGUAUUCAACUGGGUCAAUUUAUCUACGUGGAUCGCUUUGUAUUUGACUCAUCUUUUCCUCUUCCGUCUGCUACAGGGAUCCGACCCGUGCAAGGGAGACACCCUUUUAUAGGGUCCCCAGAAGGGUUAACUAUCCGGGUUUCCAAAGAGAAAAGGGAUUUUGUUAUUCAACCUGUUGUGGAUUGUAAUGAUUCAAUUGAUCCCAUAUUAGCUCUUCUUCAAAAGAAGAGAGUAGAAACAAAAGCGAUUAAAGAGAAUGACGAGAAAGAAAAUAUUGGGGUUACUCCAAAGAGGUUUACUUCUCCAGCAAGUAACAAAAGGGCGGUUUCAGCUGGAAGAAGAGACAAAGAAAGGGAAAAAGAAAGGGACCCAUCUCCGAUGGUGGGUAAACUAAAAAGGUCGGCGUCACCAGUGCCGUCAAAAUGUGUGGUGCCGAGUUUAGCCGCAGCAAAGGCGACAGAGGAUGGAAGGAGAGCAGGAAGAGAAGCUGCAAUUGUGGUGCCAUCUAGGUAUCGGCAGCAAUCUCCGACAGUGGGGAGACGGGCAGCGUCCCCGGCUGGACGGAGGAUGUCAUUGUCUCCGGCGAGGAGGCUGUCGGGUGGAGGGGGGAGUUCGGGGAAUAGAAAGAAAAGUAUUGGUGGUGGUAGUGGUGGGACUGGGAAUUUGAAGGUAAGUGAAUGGAGUUUGGGGAAGAGUGGUAGCGGAGGAAGGAAGAGUUGGGAUGAAGGAGGAGAAACAAUUAAGGAAAAGGGUAAUUUAGGGGGAAGUUUAAAGAAUAAUAAGCCCGAUUUUCAAGCUAUAAUUAGGACUCAGGUAAUGAAUCUUGAUGCAUUCAUCUUUUUGGAUUUGUCAAAGAAAGGAAAAACUAAAAUUACUUGGUUGUUUGGUUGCUCUGUUUUAAGGAAUAUUGAGUUUUGGAGAGUACAGUUUAUCAUGCAGUUAUGGGUGAUUUGGGUGCAGGGUAAAGUACGUGCAUCAAGCAAUAGUUUUGGUAUAAAGGAAAACUAUAACCAUGCUGCUUUGUCACGCCGUUUAAGUGAUGCAAAUAGUCAUGAAUCCAAAGAUGAUUCUUCUGUAGAUGGGAAGUUAAAAUCCAGCUUACCUGAAGAUAGUGCGGUGUCUGAGAAGCCAUCUGUGUUGGCUGCUGAAAUCACGGUCCAUGACAAGAAAUGGACUGAUGGUAGCGUCCCAUUAGAUUCAGUAUCGUCCAACCUUGCUAAGCUUGCCAAGGAAGGAAUUCAGAGGAGGGGUAUUGCUGCUACUGCUGCAGCUGAAGCUUUACAGGAGGCUCUGGCUAUUGAGUCUAUAGUAAGGAGUUUAAGCAUGUUCUCGGACCUUUGCACGACGUCUAAAGCUGGAAACCCUUUGCCUACAAUAGACAGAUUCUUAUCCAUCUACGACAAUGCCUUGCGAGCAACUGCCAUUGUAGAGUCAGUUUCAUUGAGCCACUGUUCUGAGGCUUCAGCUGAUAUUGUCAUCCCUACACCGCAAUCUAAAUCUGCCUCAGCUUGGGUUGAAGCUGCUCUCUCUACUGAUCUCACCAUUGUUUCCCUUCUCACAGGGCAAACCACCACCGAGUCUCCACCACCUUCCCUAUCUAAGACUUCAUCCUCAUCAAAACGCCGGUCCAUAGGAAGCACAACGAAGAACCACUCUAAGACAUCGUCAACAAUGGUGGAAUCAUCUCCAAAAGAGACAUGGACAAGAGGUCGUGGCAUGAAGGACACGAUUGAGCUCACUACUAAUUUGAACUCGGAAAUGGAAAUGUGGUUCCUGAAGUUUGUGGAAGAAUCUUUAGAUGCUGGGUUUCGAGUUAUGAAUGAAUGUGGUAAUAGUGGGAGCAAAAAAUUGCCAAUUGAAUGUGGAUCGAUUGCAGCAAUAUUAUCACAGUUGAAAAGGAUAAAUGAUUGGUUGGAUGUUGUGGUAAAGAAAAGGGAUCAAGCUUUGUCUGACAAGAUUGAAAAACUAAAGAGAAAGAUUUAUGGAUUUGUUAUUCAGCAUGUUGGAACAACUUUUGAUAAUUCCCCUACAAUCUCCUCAUCUUGA